GUCAUCUUCCUGCGACUGCUCUCGCUCCUCUCCAGGAAGCAAAUUGACAGGACAGUUUGACGUUGCUGAGAAGAAGGGGCCACGAUGUCUGGAAGUUUUUAUUUUGUCAUGGUUGGUCAUCAGGACAACCCAGUGUUCGAGAUGGAGUUCUUGCCAGCUGGGAAGGCUGAAGCAAAGGAUGAUCAUCGUCACCUGAACCAGUUCAUUGCACACGCAGCCCUGGAUUUGGUGGACGAAAACAUGUGGCUGUCCAACAAUAUGUAUUUGAAAACUGUGGACAAGUUCAACGAGUGGUUCGUGUCUGCCUUCGUCACUGCAGGACAUAUAAGAUUCAUCAUGCUGCAUGAUGUGCGACAAGAAGAUGGGAUCAAAAACUUUUUUAAUGAUGUGUAUGAUUUAUACAUUAAGUUUGCAAUGAAUCCAUUCUAUGAAAUCAAUGCACCAAUCCGCUCGACAGCUUUUGAGAGGAAAGUUCAGUUUCUUGGAAAGAAGCAUCUCCUGAGUUAGUCACAUCACAUGUGCAAGAAUUUUUAUGCAUCUUGUCUAUUCGUUGUGUAUAUAGUAUAUACCUAACACACACAUUUGAUGUCUGUCUUUCUUUUAUUGUGUAUGUAUAUCUAACACACGUUUGAUGUUGUUGUCCUCUUUUUCUGUUUCACAAAUGUAAAAUGUAUUCAACACAUUUUUCUAUAAAAUAUUUCUUGUCUGAUAGAGCUUCUAAAGUUA